AUGUGUGAAGCAAUGAUGCCACAUUCAUUGCUGGACGAAAAGGAUGAUGUGGAUAAGGAGCUGUUCGAUAAUUUGAAAUCUCGAAAAAGUGCAUUCGAGUACUGUGCAGCUCGGAUGGCGCCUCUUAGGCAGCAAUGCUCGCAACUGGAGGACCAGUCGGGCACGUCAGAGAAGUACACGCAACUGAUGAAUAGUGUGAAACGAAUACAAAGCGAUUGCGAGCGUAAGAUUAUGGCCACGCUGCAGUCUCUUCAUGCCGGCUUCGUAUCGCUAACCUCAUAA